AUGGAUGAUUUGCUCACAUCCAGGGAAGCAGGUGAUUUUUCUAAAGAGAACGACUCUAGCGCUCCCCCGUCCCUGAUGAGGAGUACAGACUCACCACCUCCGUCACCUGCCCCCGCAACCCAGAAGACCUUACUCCAGGUCACCACCAUGACCCCCACCACAAUAGCUCCUGCCACCACCACCACCACCCUGGCUACAACCACCACUCAAUCCACCACCACCACCACGACAACAAGGCCCACAACAACAACCACCACCACCACGACCACGACUACCACCACGACUGCAGCUCCACCCAGGACGUCAGCCCCAGUGCGGCCGCCCGCCCGCACCUUAACCGUUCAGACCCCCAGGACUAGCCCUCCCAGGAUGACCACCACUGCUCUGACCACCACAACCACCGCAGGGCCGCCACCACCCAAGUGUAACAUCACCAAUCGCAUGUUGGUGAAAUCAGUUUUGGCCAUUCACCUGAGGAGGAGUCGUCUGGAGAGCAUACUCAAGCAGAAUCUCCCGAGGGGCUUGGCCCAGGCAUUACGGAAGGCCCUGAAUGACAGUGCUCUCCAAGUGCAGGUGGAGAGCCUCUUCACGGUGCCCAAUGUGACGGUGGGGUAUUACGUGGUGAGGGGGGACAUGGUGUACACGCCGGCCGCGGUGGCGGAGGCACUGAGUGCGUAUGGUGUGGAGCGCCUGAUGGCGGAUGUGCGGCAGUUUGUGCCCUUAGUCCAGGCCAUCCCCGUCCCAGCCAUACCCUGGAAUCCCAGUCCAGGCAUCGCACUGCUGCUGAAGACUGUGCUCCGGUUUGUGAACGCAGAGGAUGACCUGCAGUCCUGCCGGUUCUCUCAGAUGAUGGAGCAGCGACUGGAGAAGACCUUUGCGGAGGCUGAGGCCAAAGUGCUUCACUCCCAGAGCAGUCUCUCCGUGCAGAUCCUGAGUGCGUCCCAGUCUGCUGGCUCUCCAGCCGUCUCUCUCAUCUACGUGGUGCGGAACGGCAGUGUGCCUCUGAAUGGCACCAUGGCCAGCAGUCUCCUUAGCCAGUUGACGGCGGAGCUGGUGGGCUACUUCCUCUUCUACCCUCCCCUCAUCACCGCAGAGCCAUUGGAGUACCAUAACCUCAACACCUCGGCAGCUACAAGGGACUACUGGGUGAUCACAGUCAUUCAGGACGUGGACAACUCGUCUCUGGAGAGCCAGUACCAGAGCUUCGCCAGUCUAAUGGAGCAGCGGCUGGCCGAGCUCUUUGUGGUGGCACAUCAGCAGGGCGGACGCAUCCGCAGAGCAGCCACCGCGGGCAGCUACACGGUGCAAAUGGUCAGCAUGAGGCGUGUAGCGGGAGCUAAGAACCCCGCGGAGCUGACCUACUACGUCCAGAUGAACGGCGCGCCGCUGGCCGGCACUUCGGCCGCCAAGGUGCUGAACACGCUGGACUCGCAGACCAUGGCGCUGACCCUGGGCUACUUCGUGCAGCUGCAGGCCGAACCUGUGGUGAAGAACCCACCCAACAACCUGUGGAUCAUUGCUGCAGUGUUGGCCCCCAUUGGUGUUGUGACCGUCAUCAUCAUCAUCAUCACUGCUGUGCUCUGCCGCAAAAACAAGAGUGACUUCAAGACCGACUCCAUCGGCAACCUGAACCCCCGUGCCAAGCCAGUCCAGGGGUUUGACUAUGCCAAACAACACCUUGGCCAGCAGGGCGGUGAUGAAGAGACUUUGCCUGUCACCCAGGAGACCAAGGUCCUGCCCAUCAGAGACGCACCCCUGUCUCUGGAGAAAGUCAUUCAUCCAGACGGCAGCAGCACCAAGAAGACUUUGUCCAUUGAAAUCAGGAAAAGCAGGUUGCCGAGCGAAGACGGCUCCGUCAUCAGCAACGAAUCAGCAGCGAAGCCCCACUCUGGCAGGGCCUCCACGGCACCCAAAGUCCCGACGCAGCAGAAAAUGACAAAGGAGGAGACGCGGAAGAGGAACGAUCCCUAUGACACCUCAUCAGGCUCCCUGCAGUUGAUCUCCAUCAAGCCAAUGGCAGCUCCGCCCACCUAUUCACACCCCGCCUCCUCCGACCGCAGCCAGGACUCGGCAAUCCUCAAUGGAGAGGUAAGCCUGGCUCUGAAGCAGAAGUCAGACAUCGAGCACUACAGGAAUAAGCUGCGUCUGAAGGCCAAGAGGAAGGGCUACUACGACCUGCCCCUGGCCGAGGGCAGCAGCGGCUCCAAUGCGGUCAGUCAGAGGUACGAGCAUAGCCACCAGAGGGCGCCACACGACCAGGGCCGCCCCCUGGAGAAUGAAGAUGACCGCUCCUCUACCUAUGUUAAAUCCCACAGAAGACACUCCCAGGUGAGGCACCCCGCCUACCGUAGCAGGCAGUCCCUGAACAGCCCCAGCCCUGGGGGGACGGAGAUGGACCUGCUGGUCAUGAGAGAGCGGCCCAGGAAGGGCAUCCGCAACAGUGGCUAUGACACCGAACCCGAGAUCAUCGAGGAGACAAACGUGGACCGGCUGAUGAGCCACCGCAGCUAUGGUUACGGCCGGCAGGUCAAGGGUCACUCGGAGACGUCCACGCUGAGCUCGCAGCCCUCCAUCGACGAGGUGCGGCAGCAGAUGCACCUGCUGCUGGAGGAGGCCUUCAGCCUGGCCUCGGCCGGACACUCGUCCUCCACCGCCGGCCGCCACCAACACCCCCAGCACCCCCAGGCCCUCCCCCAGCACCCCCACAACCCCCACCACCAGCUGGGGCCCUACAACCCGGGGCCGCCCAUCCCCUACUCCGAGGUGGUGACCAGCGCUCCGGGCACCAUGAGCCGAAACCAAAGAGCGCUGCAGUGGGUGCCGGCCGGGUACGGGCCAGACCUGUACCAGUGCAGUCUUCCCAAGCCCGCUUUCAGAUUCACUCAGCUUCCUGACAUGGCUAUGGGGUCCCCCCCUCCUCCCAUUCCACCCAGGACAGGCCCUCCUGGGACAUCACUGAGGCGCUCUUCAUCUGACCUUGGGCCGAAGGCGCGGAGUGUAGAGUCCUCUGUCACUGACGUGCCGAGUCAGCAUGACAGCGCCCCCUACGUGCCAGUCAGCAGAGCCGCGCUCCCCUCAGUUACCACUGACCAGCCCCUGCCACUCAACCACUCAGGAAACCCAAUUUCUGCAGUCUAUGCCAUCCCGGCUACUCGCCCCGGCUACCCAGGAUACUUCCUGUCCACCCCGCCGUCCUCCUACCACAGCCCAUCCUGGAUGUCCUACCCGCCUGAGCCUGAGGACUUGCCUCCACAGUGGGCUGAAUCUGUGCCGUUGCCAGGUUACGCCGAGGCCUUUCCGCAUCCCCGCUACCCCCAGGGCAGCCCACUGUUACAGCACUACGGGCAGCCACCAUUAGCCCUGGGAGGCUUGGAGCGCCCCACGUCUGCCUCCACCGUGGUCUCUCACCAGAGCCUAGCCGACCCGCUGGAUCUCCCCGUGCCCGACAACCCCCUCACCAACCUCUCCACGUCUGCCUUGGUCAAAGCCAUCCGCGAGGAGGUGGCCAAGCUGGCCAAGAAGCAAACAGACAUGUUUGAGUUCCAGGUCUAGAACUCCCUCUAGUCAGCAGAAGACUGCGCAGCAAAUUCUUUAAAAGGGAGAGACUGCUGCAGACCUGAGCAACACACAACACUGAACUCAGAGGUUUGUAUAGAUUCAUGCGCUCCCGUUUGGGGUGAGCAGAAAAUAGUUAUCUCUGUUUGAAUUUCACAAUGUACUCGUUUUCUUGCAGAACAAACCUGUUGUAUGUCAAGCAUUUCAGUCAGCUUUACUGUGGGCUGUCUUUGACUUUUUGGCUUUUCCCCCAUUUGUUCAACAGCAUUGUAAAAUAGCAUUCAAAUCAUAAAUGUGUUGGUUGGAACUGAAAGGAACUGAUUUUCACAUGAAAACCAAAGCAUUACAGUGAAUUUAUACUUUCAACCUAUCACCCGCCCGUGAAUAUUCCAUAUUCAGUUAGCAUUUAAGUUUCCAUUUUGUUGCGAUUUACAGUAUAGACAUGCUAAUGUGCAGAAGCCUGAAUCAAAGAAUUGGUACUUUUCUAAUGCUCAUGGGGGUUAACAUUAGUAAUAUCUGAUUAUAAGAAAUGAUUACUGUAUACUCUACAUCGUGUUUAAAUGGCCAUAUUUGUCUUGAGUGUACAAAACGAAAAAUGUUUGGGAAUCAAAAGAGAUUAUAAGCCAGAGACUAUAAAUUAUAGUUUUGUGGAUACAAGUUCAAAAAGUCUGAUAUGUUGAAAGUUACAUUUGGACCUGCUGUGGCUUCCCCUAGGAGUUAGAAAAUUACAUUUCUUGUUUGACCAAGUGCAUGCUGCUGCAGUGUAUUUGACUCAAAGGCUUUAUGUACGUACGUGCUGUCUUCUCCAUGCCCUAUAGGCUGUCCCGUAGUAAAUAUUUCUUUGCAUUAAAUUGUGAAUGUGUUACAAGAGCGAACUCUUUGGAAAUGAUUGUAUUGUAACUCCCAUUAAGGUCAGUGGAAAUGCACUUUAUUUUCUAAGUAUAGAUCCAUUGUUUUCUGUUAAUCCUGUCAACAUCAAAAUGAAAAGAUUUGUGUGGUGAUUACUGAAUACUGCUUUGCAACACGGUGAGCAAUAUUCAAAAGGCCUGAAGAAUACGAUCUGUAGAUGCUGUGCUAUCUUGACACAUGGCCUAGAAUAAGGAUUUACUUACUCUCUGUGAACUAGAGAAACAGAGAACUACAGUAACUGGCCUAAGAAGUGUAUUUUUUUUCUGAGAUGACGCCUGCACAGUGAAGUAGUCUUGGAUGCAAAUUUUUGCAGAUGUGUAGAAAGAUUGAUGUUUGCCAUGAGGGAGACUCCUCUUCUUUUAAGACCCAUUUUUUUUUUUAACAAAACAGCUGAGUGUAUGUCAUUUAUACAUGUGGAUGACUUAUACAGUCUGUAAGAAAGAAGGCCAUGCAAGAAUGUGGCCACUUGAUUCACAAUGAAAUGGGGAAAAUGUCUUUUGUGUUGUUUGUCAAGUGUCAUGUCACACAUCUUAUUUUCUCAGGUUCCCUUUUGGAACUUUUACACCAGUAUUGGUGCUGGUUUGUAAAUAGGUAAGAAAUCAAAUCAAUUCUUGAAGUUAUUUCACUCUUCAGCACUUUGCUGAUGGGUUAACCUUUUUUUCCGUUAUUAUAGGAAUUUCAUAAUGAUGAUACUGUCAUACCUUGAGAUGGACAAUAUCAUAUCUGUUAGAAGUAAAGACUUUGAAUUGUUUUCUUCCUGUAUGCUGUACAUGGAUCUUAAAGCUGCUGUAGGUGGUCUGACUAUUGUUUGACACUCAAAAUGAUUGGCGUAUAGAUUUGCUCAUCUCCUUAGAGAGGUCAUGAUUGGUUAACAUAGCUGUACCAUAUUGAGAGUUUUGUAUCUGAUUACAGAGCACAGGAGAGUCCUAGACAUACAUUUCUCUCAUAGAGCUUAUUUUAGAGAUAUAGCAAUAGCCGUCAGAAAGUAAAGACAGUGUCCUACCAAUAUCACUUACAACAGCUUUAAGGGAGACACUUGUUAAUUUGUAAGAGCCCAGAGUAAUGUUGAUUUUUAAUCUUCUUGAAACCAGUGAGCCAAUAAAAUGGACUGAAUGAAAAUAUGGAAAA